AAAAAGAAAUCACCACCACCUCCAAGAAGUUUAAGGAUACAAAGAGAUGUCUCUAAUUUACACCAAAACCUACGCAUCUCUAUCAACCAUUCUUUGCCUAAUUCUCUUAUUUUCGCAAUCUCUAUCAUCAUCUUCAGGAGACCAGCAGCCAACAGUGUAUGAAAUCCUCAGGGACUACAACUUUCCUAUGGGGCUACUUCCCAAGGGAGUUCUUGGCUAUGAUCUUGACCAAACAACAGGUAAAUUUUCUGCAUUCUUGAACGGUACUUGCAGCUUUUCUCUUGAAAGAUCUUAUCGGCUUAGAUACAAGUCAACCAUCCAAGGGUUCAUAUCCAGAGGGAGGCUUUCGAGCUUGGAGGGUGUUAGCGUGAAGUUGUUUUUCAUGUGGGUUGAUAUUUUUGAGGUUUCAAGAAAUGGUGAUGAUAUUGAAUUCUAUGUUGGGAUUGGUUGUGCUGGAUUUCCUAUAGAUGAUUUUGUGGAGCUUCCCCAAUGUGGGUGUGGUUUGAACUGUCCAAAACAGAGGAAAGCAAGCGAGCUCAGCUUGUCUUCUUCAUAAGGAAACUUGAAUCAAAGAUUUCAAUCAUAUGAAUUGUAAUUUAUUGGACUUCUUGAUUGUGACUAUUGAUUGAUUGGAAUGAAUAGAAUUUGGGUUGUGUUUAUUGUCAUA